AUGGCGUCGCGAUUCCACUCCAGCCUUCACCAGCGCGACCCCCGCUCUUCAUCUUCCCUCUUCGACUCCUACAGCGGCGACAACAGAGCCUCCUCAUCUCGACCGAGCAGUCGAUCGCCAAACCCGAGUCUAAAUCCUUACGGGUAUUCCAGCACCAACGGACAACAAUAUCAGCAGGGAUAUCGGACGGCGACGCCGAACUCGAGGGGCCAUUAUUCCGAUGCGGUCUUGGACGAGCUCGAAUCCCAAAACGACCACGAAGUCGAGGGAAUAACCGCCAAAGUCCGCGCUCUCAAAGACGCAGAAUCAAUGAAUGACGCCUUCGACACCACCCGCCUCCGUCUCCGCGGCACAAUGAAUCGUAUGCUGCGCAUGGCUGAGCGGACGGGCCUUGUGGUGCUGUGCGACGGGGAUGGGAUUGUAUAG